AAUACUUUUGUUUUAGAUGAUGCAAGUGAUACUGUGUCUAAAGAGAUUAAGCUUUCUGCUACACAAGUUGAAAAUGAGGGGAUUAACAAAGCAGAAGCAAAUUUUGAGGUGUCAGGAAAACUUGCAGCUGAUAACAAUACAGUUGGGGGGGUUUUGAUAAAUUACACUGAGCCUAAAGAGGCAAGAAUUCCGAAAACAAAAUGGCGAUUGUAUGAAUUUAAAGGCGAUAAAAAUACAAGCACAUUAUAUAUACACAGACAAAGUGCUUAUUUGAUAGGACGUGAUCGGAAAGUUGUUGACUUUCCUGCUGAUCAUCCAUCUUGUUCAAAGCAACAUGCUGUAAUUCAGUAUAGGCUUGUGGAUUAUACUAAGGAAGAUGGCCGUAAGGGAAAAAAAGUGAAGCCUUAUAUUAUUGACUUGGAUUCUACAAAUGGGACUUUUGUUAAUAAUCACAAAAUUGAUCCAAGCCGGUAUGUAGAAGUCAAAGAAAAAGAUGUUAUAAAAUUUGGAUUUAGUACCAGAGAAUAUGUUCUUCUUCAUGAAAGUUCUAAAGAUGAUGACAGUGACUUUGAUAAUAAUGUUGAUACUCCCUAAUAAAAGUUAUAGUUAAAAUACAAACCUAUAUAUUGUGGUAACUAGUAACGGUGUAGUGACAAUGAGAUUUUCCAUGCACGCUUGCUUAGGUGGGAAUUAAGCAGUUGAGAUGUCAUUUUGUCACAAAAAUUUUCAUUAAUUUAAAUAAAUUUUUUUUGAACUCUCUUGAGUUUUAUAUGGCAUUCAAAAAA